AUGGGUUCUGAAGGAAUGCAGAUCACAAUACCGGAUUUCGACGACGAUGAGUAUAGUCCAACACCCAUCUUCGGUCGUUCGCAAGCUGGUGGCUUGUGGGGAAUCCCGAGCUCUGGUCAAGAGUCCCCGACAAUCCUUACCCCGUUAGCUAUUCCAGAGCGCACAGACAAGAGUUAUUUCCACGCGCGCGGUGACUCGGUGGCUUCGGAGGACUCUGGACACUCAAUACCAUCUAGUGCCCGCAAGGUGAAAUCUCCAUUUGUGCAUUCGGCUCAAUCUUCAAUCGCGACGACGAGCACUUCGCCUUUCACGAAAAAAACCUCGUUCGCGUCCCUGAGAAACGCGUUCAAGAGCUCAAAAUCAAAUGAUACUACCCCACCACCCGUUCCUUCUCUAGACCCCCAAGCAUAUCCGGCGUUGAAAAACCCAUUCAAUCGUUCCACGUCUUCCCUUGCACAGUUGCCGUCCAUCACAAAUGACCGGCGGCAUCCUUCGAUGCACGCUAGCCCGCCGCACUUCCGCCCAUCUACGCCCGCCUCUGGUGAUGGAAGGGCACGAGGUACACCCAAGUCGAAAAGUCAACAUGCGUAUGCCAGAUCCCAACACUCACACUCUGGUUCUAUAUUUCACAGUUCUGACGGAGGUAGUGAUCAUGGGCAUGGGUAUCCACAUCUUACUUCUUCCUCUCCGCCACCAGUUCCGCCUGUACCAGAUGUCUUUGGUAACCCGGCACAGCCAGACGAGCGGUCUCUCUCCGAUUUGGAAGACAGGAUUGUCAUGGACCCCCGGACGCCCUCUGACUAUGCGCUUCAUGCCAUCUUCAUUCGCUUUGCAGCUUCCGCAGAGCUGCAUAUAGACGAAGUUCUCCAGCAGCCAUUGGAGCGGGAACCUCGGUUGACUGACUUCAUGGGGCCUGGCGUAGAUGAUAAGCUGGAUGACUUGUUGGCAUCGUUAGGGAAAAUCGCGCACAAACAUGCCAAGCCUGUGAUUGAUUCGGUCAUGCGUUGGAGAAAGACUCAGAACGACAGCGUCAGCACAGACCUCGUCCGGCACCACUUGUCACAACCUUCUUCGAAUGCGCGUGGAUUGCGCUCCCAAGACGUAUCGUUCAUACUGAAUGAGCGGAGAUCUUUGGCAUCAAUCUACAUCAUGUGCCGAGCACUCAUCGCUGCUACCCAGUCGAUCUCAAAGGAUGGUCUUGGCGAGGCCAUGGGACACAGUUUGGAAGAGCUGACGUUCGAGCAGUUCAGGCGGCCAGACGUCAAGAUGCUUACGCAGUCAGUGAAUCAUCGCAGCAACGCCGACUUGUAUGCGGCACUAUUGGGCAAUCUUGCAACCGUUCGGUUUGAGAGCGUCACAGAUCGGUUUCUUGUUGAACUUGGUCCCGUAGCUGCAGGUCAAGUGCCGAAGGACGCGGAUUUCAAGUAUGAGAACCUAGUGAAAGGCCUGAAACAUGUCCAAAUCAAGGUGUGGCCACCUGAAUAUUUCGAAGAAGGUGCAGAGUUCUUGGCGAAACUUUCAAAGUCUUUCGAGAACGCUCAUGGGAAUCGUCUCAAAACUACUUUUGGGGAAACUCUUGUUCAUCUCUUGCAUCCGAUCGCCAAGACUGCGCAAGCCGAAGUUAAUCAUCCUGAUUGGGCGAAGGGAAUCGAAGUUAUAUAUCCGAAGGCCAAGGAUAUGAUGAGCAAACCUCGCUAUUGGCAUGUUGCAUAUCCGCUAGCUAUCACAGCUCUGUGUGUGGCACCGAAUGAUUUCUUCCUUCGCCAUUGGAACCUUUGCUUCGAGGCUGGCCUCAGCAAAAUCAAAGAAAAACCAUACCGAACCCCCGUGCUGAAUGGGUUAAUGCGUCUCAUCUGGACUUACCUCUAUCGGUGCCACGAGUCCGCAUCUACGGCGACAAGCAAGAUGGAGUCCAUCCUCAAACAUUUCUUCCCUGCGAACCGUCUCUCGAUAUCACCGCAAGAAGAUCAACUGGAGCCAUUCAUCUAUAUAGUGCAUUUCGUUCUAUCUCGCCAUCUCGAUUUUGGAAGCGAUUUCUGCAUGGAACUUAUACAGGAAAGGAGCAUCACAGCCCAUUCGGCAAACACAUCGAACACUUUGGCUCCUGAACGGAUAAUCAUCGCUAUUCAGUCUGUUCUCCUCUCCCUUCAUGUUGCAGAGAGGGAAGAAUCGGCCCCCUCAUGGCCGACAAGUACAGAUUUUUCCAGGAUGCCUUCUAAUGAUGAUUAUCCGUCAUGUUCAGAGUCUAUCCCUGCGGCCCUGUUAUCAAAGCCUGGAUGGAAGGAAUUCAUCGAUCGUUUCAGCACUGUUUUGAAGGCCGUUGCGAUAUCGUGCUACCAGUAUGUCGGGAAAUGGUCGGCUAUUGAUGACCAAUGGGCUGCCUCCCGUGUCAACCUCGCAUAUGACGAUGCAACAAGUUUUGUCAUGCGGCAUCAUCCUGAAGGCUCGGUGGCAUACCCUACCCAAUACAUUCCUCACAUCACUGUGCUGCAAACGAUUUACCGGUCUUGGCCACGUUGUCUCCACCCAUCGUUUCCGAUAGACGAUGCCCUUGACAUGCUCCUACGAGGUGUUGUCCACAUCGAGCCUGGGGUUGGAGAGGCGGCGGCCCAAGCCUUGCAACGAUUUAUGGCGGAGCCUGCUCACGCUUCUGCGAUCCUUUCGCGCUUCUACAUGUUCCUCUUCGAUCCCGCUCUCAUCGCUGGUGAAGGCUCUGGUUUGAGGUUGCACAUCGAAUGUCCUCGCCUGUUAAAUCUCUGGCUCCGCUUCGUGGACCAAUGGAUGCACGACAUCAUCCGAAGACCGGUAGACUCUCUAACUCAUGAUGAAUUGAUGGAUAUCUCUCUCAGAAUGGACGAAAUAGAGGCGGGCUCCUUAUUUUUACUUGCUCAUUUUAGACGCAACGUCUAUACCGUCGGAGUCAAGGCUAUUCGCUUGCUACGAAUUUUAGCAAGCCAUUUGCAAUCAGAGCCACAGCUACACGAUUUUGACGCGUCCGCCAACGUUUUUCGAAUCGUUGACGCUCUCCACGGAAAAAUUCCUUCCGGACCAUGCCUCGACGGGCAUGAUGACGUUCUCGAGCCUCCCGAGGUGAUUCGGUUGGAACAGUGGAAGCAAUCAACCUACGUGGAUGCGGUUAUCAGGUUAGCUGACAGUGAUCAUGUCGUCGAUCGGCAGUUGUGGAGACAGGUUUUCCCUGCAUUUUUGCAAGUCUGCACGGAGCAAUCUCCUAGGGCACUUCACCUCCUCCGCGACAAAUUGAUUUCAGCAGCAACUCGUUACCAUCCUCUCAUGCUACAGCUUUCUGGGGUUAACGGAAGGAGUGUCCCAAAUCUACCCCAACGCUCCGGCUCCACGGGCGAGAAGGAUCUUGCCAAGGUGGUGAAUGAGCACAAGCACCUCAUUCAACAGUGGCAUAUGUGGGUCAAGAUCAUCAGCGCUACAGCUCAGACAUCAGACGUCAGACCUACCAUGACCCAUCCUAUGCGAGAUCAUUCUCGUGCUCGGUCCGAAGUUAUCUUCGACAGAGACCAAAUGAGUACAACUCGCGGCCUCUUCAAAUACCUCAGUCAAUUUCUUGAUUCUGAUCAUACUAUUUUCCGCGAUGUAGCUGUGUGCUCCAUCAGCUCGUUUCCUCCUUUUGGUUAUUCACACCUCCUAGAAGAUCUCAGCAUCCUCGCCGCUCGCCAAAUCUAUGACGAUUCUAGGGCAAAGACUUCCACUCCUUAUGUAAUCGGACGGACUCGCCGGCAGGAACGCUUUGACACCGCCGUGGCGCGGAUUUACUAUCUGACGGCACGCUCGCUGCAGGAUCAGCGGUCAUCUGGCAAGCAGACUGCCUUGGCGCACGUCUUGAAGUAUGUUCGCAACAUGCAAGUCUCUCUCUCUGAGCAGCGCGAUUUCUAUUCGAUACAGCGACUUCGGCGUUACUUCUGUGGUACAGUGGAACGUCUCUUCGAGGGCUUAGCUACACUCAAAGACUCGGAUCGAUUCAUUCCUCCCAAUAUGCACCUCACCUUAUAUAGGCUAUGCGAGGAGUGGUGCCAGCUAGGAAAGCAGUCCGAAAGCGUCAAGAAACGACUGGUCUUCAUGCAAACGCAGGCAGUGAAAGCGUUCAAUGAUCCUGCCGAUCAGGCGGAGCUCAUCACUCGCUUCCAGACUGAGACUAGAGCGUUAUCUAAUGCUGCUGUUGGUGCCAUUGCGGUUCUAUGUCAAAAGGCACUCUUUCCCCCCGAUAUCUCGUCGACUUCACCGGUGGAGAAGUAUUCCCAGAAUUACAACAAGGCUCUCGAAGUAUCCUCCGUUUUGGACCGUAUUACUGCCAUUCUCGCGUCGUUUCAUGAGCAUCUGCGUGAUUAUGCCAAAUAUGCUCUCAGGUCGCUUCUGUCUGACCCUCGUGCCGACUGUGAUUUCUUGGAUGAAGUUCUGAAAAGAGCUUACGUUACCACGAAGGAGCUAGACACAAGUAACGCGCGUUUCUUUGAAGUGGUGGCAGAGGUCAUUUGCAACGCACCCACUCAUGGCUUCAGUUUUAGGCAAGUAGUUUGCUUGGGACUGUCCAAUCUUUGCCAUCCACACCUAGAGAUCCGACGUCACGCUUUCAAUAUGCUCGAAGUCACUCAUGAGCAGGCAUCCGGUUUGAUCUCAAUGGUGCAAUACGAGACUGCGGUUGGUAGCUCUGCUCCCAGUGUCUAUUUGCAUGCGCACAAGCUCAUUUCGGACGUGCUUGCCGGAGAACAUCCAGGCCAAGCCUUCGGUGUACUCUUUCAGCUCAGUAGUUGGAUAACCCGUAUGUUUGAUGACCGCUCCGGUAGAAGUCCUCUUCUCCUUCUUCAAAGCUUGGAGUACUGGGUCCCCAACAUCGAUCUCAUGGCUGAUGAUAAAUCAAGUCUCACACGAGAAGGCCGUUCCGCCAUCUACCACUUAAUGGCUCUUACUGUGCGCUAUGCGGAGAGUCACGCGGAACAGAUUCUGCAGCUUUGGACUAGGCUCGUCGACGCCCCACAUCAGACCAACGGCCAUGCAUCUAUUCGAUUUCUGCUCGAGCAGUCCAACAAGGUUGGAAGUACGGCAUUUAUUACCUGUGCUGCGAAGGUCGUGGCUUGUCUGUCACAGAGCACUGUAGGAAGACAGAUCUUUGAGGACUUGUGCAGUCUGAUCGAGCCCGCACGAAUGUUGCCCAACCUUGAGCAUAAACUUGCGCAUCCAGACGCAGAGGACAUCGAGCUGUGGUCCGAUCUCGACGUUCUCUUCUCCGAGCAACCGAGGCUGUCGCUGGGCGUUGCCCAGUUUUCCCUUCUUUUCCUUUCAGAGGCCGCAAUGGAGCGAUAUUGGGAGCUGCAUCUUCACCUGCCUGCGCUACUCCAUGCGUUGUUCAUGCACCUUGACCAUCGUUCUGAGUACAUUCGGGAACGCUCUCGGCACAUGCUCUUUCAGCUUCUACGCUCCUGCAUGUCUGGCUAUGACGAGAUCCCGGAUCGCUUACAGUAUCGCUCUCGUUCUGAGCUCAGAGGUGUGAUCCUUACGCUUUCCCAAGAAGCAGAAACCAAGUUGUGGGAGGAGAGUGAUUCUAACACGCAGGUGGAAUUGAAAAUGAGAUGGUUCUCAGGUGAAGUCUUGAAGCUCCUGGAGCCUUUGUACCCAGACCUACGAGAAGGGUGGGGCAAGCAGGCAUCCGCUUGGGGCACUGCUUGCUCUAUACGGCCUAUUGCUUUCAAGUCUCUGCAACUGUACCGAGCUCUGGCACCAAGGAUGAACAAGGACCACUUGGGUGCUCUAAUAGGGCGAUUGUCAGCGACCGUGGCGGAUGGAGACUCCAGUAUCCAGAUGUUCAACGUGGAACUGAUCCUCAGUUUGAUCUCUGGGGCGUCGGCUAGAGACUUAAAUAUGUCGCUGCUACCUCAGAUAUUCUGGUGUGCAAUAGCUUGCCUGUCCACGACCGUUGAAGACGAGUUUUGCCAUGUUCUCAAGUUGCUUGAUACUGUGCUUAGAAGGAUGGACCUGGACGAUGCGCAAACGGCCGAACUACUUCUUGCACACAAACCGUUGAAUUGGGACGGACCAGCGUCUCUGCAGCCUCGCUUGCUGACAGGCCUGCGUUCGUCGUCUACCUAUGCGCUCACGUUCAAGUUGCUGCAGUAUCUCGCCAAAGUGGAUGACCCCCGACUCAUUGAUCUCUCUGAGGGUAGAGUCAGGGAUCUGUACACGUUGUCUCUCCCAUGGUGCUUGCAUGCCAUGAAUAACGAUGACAAGAGCCAGUCCUUGCUGGAGUUUGCUUUGGAUGUUGGGCGACUCGCGAAUCUGGAAGAACGACCUAGCAUUGAACGGAUCAUGACGUCCUUCGCUAAAAAUCGAUUCCGAACGAAAGAAGAUUUCUUACGACAGUCGGUUGCCAGUCUACGCGAACAUUAUGGCCUUGAUCACUGGCCUGAAGUCGUCACUCUCCUCAUGGGCAUGAUUCUGAACAAGGAGCGGUGGCUGCGAAUUCACACCAUGCAGAUCCUCAAGGUCUUGUUCCAGCAGCGAGAAAUCAGGAAUCCCUUGCUAGGCUCUGAACUCCUUAUGCCGUUACUCCGACUGUUGGAGACGGAUCUGGCGUCGCAGGCUCUGGAUGUUCUCGACGAGCCAAUGCAGAUCUCAGGAGGUCCUGCUGCGAAGCAUAUCCUCCGCAUGAGUUUGUAUACACAUCUCCGAGCUGAUGCAAAGGAGGUCGAAUCCGUUGCUGAAGUCUUCGGCAUUCCGCAGGAAUCAGGAUGGUGCGUGCCACAGUCCAGUCACCUUCGAGACGUUUGCCGAGCCAAUGUGGCCGCUGUGUUUGGUCUGAACAAGGCCAAUCCAAGACCGUCCCGUAUCGAUUUCCAACCCGAUGACAUUGUGGCACUCUCGAAUCUCCCUAUGGAGGACGAUCUGGGAGACAUGGUGCAGAAUCUGCAUGAACUCAGCAGUUUCUUUCUGGAGGAACGUUCGCUGCCCGGUCCUACCCGACAACUGGAGGCUCGUGUCGCAGCUAUCCUGGCCAAGUCUACAGAUACAAUGGCGGACAUCCCGCAGACGCCAUUCGUGGACGUGUUUGACAUGGGAAAUCUCACACCUUUUGACGAUUCGGAGGAUUCUGACAACAGUGAUAUCGAAUCUGAUUUAUUUGAGUUCGACUCCCUCAAUCUGUCGCGCUAUAAUUCCAACCACUCACAGCAUUGA